ACUGUGCUUAGGACGGCAGCAUGUGGACCGCUAUCAAGAGACGACAGCAAGUAACAUAGCCAAAGGAAAGUUGUGUGCUUGGAUACAAAUCUUUCUUUUCAAAUCUUCUUGUUCCAAGAAAAUUUUCUGUUCAAGAACGUUUUCUUUGUGAUGGAAGCAGUGUCUGCAAUCGGAGGUUCUGUUCUUUCUGCUUUCUUUCAAUCGCUAUUUGAUAAAUUAACUUCCACGAAUUUCUUGAAGUAUGUUCGUGAAGGAGAAGUCCUUGCUCAGCUCCAGAAGUGGGAGAAUUGGCUCAAGAGAAUUCAUGCGGUUCUUGAAGAUGCAGAGGAGAAGCAGAUGACAAAUCUCUCUGUGAAGAUCUGGGUGACUGAUCUCAGAGACUUGGCUUACGACCUGGAGGACGUCCUUGAUGAACUUGCCACUGAGGUUCAUCGACGCAAGUUUGACGAGAUACCAUUAUCCCGUGCAAGUAAGAUGCAGAAAAUCUUUCAUACAAUCUCUUUUGGUGUGAAUCUGAAAAAUACUGUUAAGUUCAGUGCUGAGAUGGUUUCCAAGAUAGAGGGUAUUACUGCUAGAGUAAAUGAAAUCAUAGAACAAAAAGAUUGGCUGAAAUUAGGAGAGUCCAGUAUAAGAAGUGUUAGGCAUGUGAGGGAGAGAAUACCUGCAACUUCUUUAGUGAAUGAAGCAAAGAUUUAUGGCAGGGACGAAGAAAAGAAGGCGAUUCUUGAAUUUUUGAAGGCUGAAGCCAGCUAUGAAAAUGUCUCAGUGCUUCCCAUAGUUGGCAUGGGGGGUAUUGGCAAGACAACUUUAGCUCAGCUCAUCUACAAUGAUCCUGCAUUGAAGUUUGAUUUGAAAGUUUGGGUUUCUGUUGGUGAAGAUUUUGAUGUUCUUAGGUUGUCUAAAGUAAUUCUUCAGUCCGUUGAUGAAAUUUUUGAUGCCAAAGAUUUAAAUUUGCUGCUGGUGAAAUUGAAAGAGAUUUUCUCCAGAAGGAAAUUUUUAAUUGUGUUAGAUGAUGUUUGGAAUGAGGACUAUGAUCUUUGGACACUCUUUCGCAGCCCUUUUGAACAUGGGGCCAUGGGAAGUAGAAUCAUUGUCACAACUCGCAAUCAAGAAAUUUCAUUGAUGAUGGGUAAUGUUCCUGCUUUUAAUCUGAAAGAACUGUCAUAUAAUGAUUGUCUGUCUGUAUUUGCCCAGCAUGCUUUGGGAACAACACAUUUUGAUGAACAUUCGAAUCUUAAGAAAAUGGGAGAAGAAAUUGUUAAAAAGUGUCAAGGAUUACCUUUGGCAGCCAAGACCCUUGGAGGCCUCUUGCGAGGUAAAAGAAAUUGUACUGUGUGGGCACAACUGUUGAAUAGCAAGAUAUGGGGUUUUUCUGAGCAUACAAGUGGAAUUUUUCCAGCCUUAUUUUUGAGCUACCAUCACCUUCCAUCUCAUUUGAAGCGUUGCUUUGCAUACUGUGCUAUUUUUCCAAAAGGCUUUCAAUUUGAUGAGAAUGAGUUGGUAUUACUGUGGAUGGCAGAGGGUUUUCUGCAGCAACCAAAGGCCAUGAAGCAAAUGGAAGUCUUAGGUAGGGAAUAUUUUCAUGACUUAGUAUCAAGAUCGCUUUUCCAACAGUCUAGUAACAACAAACGGCUGUAUGUUAUGCACGACCUAAUAAGUGAUCUGGCUCAAUAUGUUAGUGGAGAAACGUGCUUUAAUUUGGAUGAUAAGUUGAAUGGUGAAAAAUCAUAUGCAAUGGUUCGCCAUUCAUCAUUCACUCGUCGUACUUAUGACAACUCACAAAGAUUUGAAGGUUUCUACAAAAUGAAGAGUUUGCGAACAUUCUUAGCAUUACCCCUUUUUUCAUCAUGGUACCAACACUGCUACUUAUCUAGAACAGUGAUUAAUGACUUGGUUCCAAAAUUAAAAUGCUUGAGGGUAUUAUCACUAGCUGGCUAUUGGUUAGCAGAGUUGCCAAGUUCCAUUGCUGCGCUAAAGCAUUUACGGUUCCUUAAUUUGUCUUAUACUGCCAUUGAACAGAUUCCUGAAUCAUAUUGUCAACUCAUUAACCUGCAAACAUUGAUACUGCGUGGGUGCCUUAAGCUUAUUAAGUUACCUUCAGGCAUCAGCAAUCUAAUCAACCUCAGGUAUGUUGAUAUUAGAGAUACAGAUGGUUUGCAAGAGAUGCCACCAUAUAUAGGUAAUUUGACAAAACUCCACACAUUUAAUAAGUUUAUUGUGGGAGAAGGCAGUGGACUUCGGAUAACAGAGUUGAUGAAAUUUUCUAAUCUGCAAGGACAACUUCGCAUUACAGGGCUGCAAAAUGUGAUGAAUAUUCAAGAUGCAGAGCUUGCCUGUCUAAAGGAGAAGCCAGGGCUUCAUGAAUUAGACUUCGAGUGGAUUGAGGACGUUCGUGGUUUCCAAAAUGAAAUAAAUGAACUGCAGGUUCUAAAGUCACUGCAGCCUCAUGAAAAUAUUAGAAAGGUUUCAAUUACCUCAUAUGGUGGUAGAAUAUUCCCUUCAUGGAUAGGGGAUCCGUCUUUCAUUAAUAUGGUGGAGCUAGAGCUUUGUAAUUUUUGGAAAAUUACAUCAUUACCAUCACUUUGGCAAUUAAGAUUGCUCAAACAUUUGAGCAUAGAAGGCAUGGAUAGCGUGAAAGAAUUGGGUGUUGAUUUUUCCGGGUAUGGCUUUCUAUGCCUAGAGACAUUAAGCAUUAAGAACAUGUUGAAGUGGGAGCAAUGGUCUUGUUCAUGUGGUCUCAAUGAAGAAACUGUAGCAACUUUCCCUAAUCUGCAUGAGCUUGCAAUAACAAACUGUCCAAAGCUGGUUGGGAAGUUGCCCCGCAGCCUUGGUUCCCUCAGAAAACUUUAUCUUUGUUAUUGUCAUCAGUUAGCAUGUUUACCCAAAACGCUGCCAUCUCUUUAUGAACUCUAUGUUGAAGAAUGUCCCAAGGAGGUUCUCAGAAGUAUAUCUGACCUCUCUUCCCUCACUAUCAUAAGAAUUACGAGAAUUCCCAACCUUAGAAGUUUGCCUAAAGAGCUUAUACAGGCCUUGGUUGCACUGGAAGAUCUGGAUAUUGCAGAUUGCAGUGAACUGAUGUACUUGUGGCAAGAUGGAGCUAAUUUGAGUAAACUUGCUUGUCUCAAGUUCUUACAGAUCAGAAUGUGUCAGCAGCUCAUGCUAUUGGCUGAGGACGAGGAAGGGCAUUUACCUUGCAACCUUGAAGUUUUAACCAUCGGUAGAUGUGAAAACCUGGAGAAGCUGCCCAAUGUACUGAAUAGUCUCACAUCUCUCAAAGAAUUGACUGUCUACGGUUGCCCAAAACUCACAUCCUUCCCAGCAACAAGUUUGCACUAUACUCUAAAAUGUCUUGAGAUUCGAGAUUGUGAUUCUCUGGAUUCCCUGCCCAAGGGAAUUAUGGUUUCAGGUAAUGAUAGCAAAGCAACGUCUCAUCUUGAGACUUUGUAUGUUGAAGGAUGCCCAUCUCUCAAGUACUCUUCAAGUGACCAGUUUUCUUAUUCACUUAGAAUUCUUUCUAUUUGCUAUUGCACAACAAAAUUAUUAGAGUCACUGUAUCAGUUACGUCAUCUCACUGUAUUAUCAAUAUCAUCUUCUCCUAUGUUAGAGUUGUUCUCAGAAAGAAGAUUGUUCAUCCCAUCUCUUCUCUCUUUUACACUUUCAAGUUGUGAAAACUUGAGGUCUCUUCCCAAUCAUCUGCAUAAUCUCACUUCUCUUCAAAAUUUAGAGAUAAAUGACUGUCACAGUCUGGUUUCUUUCCCAGAAGGAGGCUUGCCUCCAAACCUGAUCACAUUUAAGAUUAGGAACUGCAAAAAUCUGACACAGCAAAUGUCAGAGUGGGGGCUUGACAGACUCUCCUCCCUUAAACGACUUGAAGUAGAUACUACAAGUCCUUCUACAGAUUUUGUUUCCUUUCCAGAUUAUGAAGGUCUACAUCUUCCCACUUCUCUGAUCUUUGUUUUCAUCAAAGGAUUCAAGAAUCUGAAAUCCAUAUCUGGGAGCCUCCAUAAACUCACUUGUCUUGAAGAUUUAUGGAUAGUGAGCUGUCCUAAGCUCCAGUACUUGCCAGAAGAUUGCCUCCCACCUACGCUUCAAAUCCUAGCAAUCGAGUCAUGUCCACUUCUAAAAGGACGGCUUUUAAAAGAAAAAGGAGAUUAUUGGCCCAUCAUUGCUCGCAUACCUUACAUCAAGAUAUGAUUCUCAUUCAAUGACUAGAAGCAGCAUAGAAUUCAGCAUCACAGAAACAAUGAUUAUGCUAUCUGCAGCAAGUUCAGAUUUUUGCUCUAGGAUGGAAAAGAGAGAAAUCAGGUAUGUUGACUCUAGAGCUGUUGAACACAUAAAAAUAUUUUGACUUGAUUGUGAAUAUGGUUUUGAAAUUUUCAAUUUUUUUGCAGUCCUGUUUAUUCAUAACUCCAGAUGUCCCAUGGUUGAGUCAUAUUUUCCCUGCAAACCAAGCAUAUCAAGUGUUUUGGUGAAGUUACAGAAGUAUAGGAGUGCAAGAAAAGCUUGAAGGAGUCAAGAGACAGAGAAUUGCUGCUGAUACAAAGUACACGGGUCGUGUAAACCAAGCCCCAGACCCGUGUAAAUCUCUGUCAGAAGAAAGCCAAGAGAAUUGAUGAGAAACACAAGUACACGGGUCGUGUAAUCAGACCCGUGUAAUCUGCAGGGACCCGUGUAAGUCUCUGCUGAGCGCAAGUUUGAAGAAACUUAUGGGAACAACAGUACACGGCUCGUGUAAUAAGGCCCGUGUAACUUUCUAUGCCAAAAAAAGACCACGUGAUUCUCCUCCAGCAAGUUACACGCCCCUACUUUGCGGGACCCGUGUAGUGACACAUGGCCGUAUACUAUGCUGCAGCCAGUUUUAUAACUCGAAUUUUCCUCCUGUUUUCGGAUAAAAACGAGACUCCUAAGGCCCUUUAGACUCAGAACAACCUAACCCUAGAGCAACCAAUAUAAAUAGAAAAGAAAACGUCAAAAGUAGGGGUGGAGAAAAAAAAAAAAAAAGAAAAAAGAUGACUGUCGUGGGGAGACUACUGAAGGUUGCUGCUGUCGGGUUCCGCAUCAGUAUCAAAAGAAGUUCUCCAGCUAAAGUUCCACAAGAUCAAAGCUGCAAACUAUCUUUGGUUUCUUCGUUUCAUCCUCCUAGACAGAUUCCUAUUGCUUUAUUUCUUUGCAUGGUUUUCCUUUUACUGUCUUUACUUUUUAUCAUGAUGUUUGCUGAACUCACUAUGAGUGAUUAGUUUCCUUAUUGUGGAUUUAGGAGAGUAAUGCUUGUAAUUAUUAUUAUGGAUGAACAUUAAGUUUUAUUUACUGGAUUUGAGAUU